UUGCGUUUUAAAUAAAAGUAAACAACGCGUGCGCUUUUAUUGACUUUUCUCAAUACUUGUACUUAAACAUAGUUGUUUUUGAGGAAAUUCAACAUGGAACAGCUUAAGAACAUACCAAAAGGAAAACCGAAGUCUGGUCGGGUGUGGAAACGAAGUAAAACUAGAUUCUCAGGGAUGACAAUUGACAAGAAUCUAAAGACGUCAUGGGCAAAAAAGAUGGCAAUAAAAGCGGAGAAGAAAUCGGUGCUGGAGUUCCAGAGACGACUGAAAGAAGAAAAGAACAAGAAACAUGAGGAAAAGCGUGUUAGAUCAGAUGAAAACAAGAAAAGAAGACUGGAAAAUGAACGAAAGGCUGAAAUAGUUCAACCAAUCAAGAACACAGCAAAGAUAAAGAGGAUGAAAAAGAAGCAGUUGCGACAGAUCCAGAAGAGAUGAGCGAUAUGACUGAAAGUGAUUUUCCAAUCUUUUAACUUGUCUGUGACAGAAAAGAGAGAGAAAUUCCACAGGAUCUUCAUCCAUUUGUUAAUGAUUAUAAGAAAAUAUCAUUGCAAUCUUUUUUUUUCAAUAUUUAGUUUUGAAUUUGUAUAGGAAUAAUGACCAUUAAAGAAAGAAAGCAUAUUUGGUGAACUUCAGUGAUAAGACACCAGACUAUGGUUAUUAAAUUUUAUUCAGUUAUACAGAUUUUGUACCAUAACAUUUUGCUAGGAUUUUUUGGCAAAUGUCCAUUAGAAAGUUAAUAAAGACAGCAAAACAGACGACAAAACGGCAUUAUGAAUAAUUGGUACUUAUAUUAGGAAUGGUAGGUUUAGUUAAAUUCACAGUUGAAUUAAGUGGCAGUGUAUGGUUGUUUGUUAUAUUAUGGUCUACAUAUUUUUGUAAAUUUUAACUCAUUUGAAAUGUUAUAUGACGAGUUGUUACAUAUAUUUGUUCUAUCAUUCAACAACUGCGAUUUAACCACUCUUUUCAUGACUAUUUUAUUUUAUUUUUUACCCGUAAAAUGCAUAUUUAAUAUAUGUGAAUAUUUCUAUGUAGAAAAUAUAUAUACAAAGGGAAUGAACUCUUCAUAUUGUGACUUGCUCACAUCAAGCUAUUACUUUCCCUGUAUGUGCUAAGAUUAUUAAGUGAAAUCUUAUGGCCAUUUUUUGCAAUGUCAAAUUGUCUCCCAGUGAUUGCCCUGAAUUCAUGUUUUGUAAAUCAUGCGUCAUAGAAAAGAUUGUUUUACGGUAAUCAUUAUUUGAUCUUGCCUAAUAUGUUUUCAUUAUUCUAAUGUUAAAUGUUCACAAGAUGCUCAUGCACUGACAUUUAUAUGAAUCUUUCAAUAAAAAUGUCAUUUU